AGUUGUGCUCCUGCUGUAAUCAGAUCAGCGCAUGUGGUCGAUGUAAUAGGUUGUACAAGGACCUACUAGUCUACCUUACGGUGUGGAGCACACACCUGUGCAUCAAUCGGAGGAGCUAGACCGAGAGACCUUUCCCGGCGAUCGAGCGAGCCAGGUAUCCGGUCGAUCAUUAGCUUCGAAGUGCGGGGGGUUUCGAAUCCGACAAGCAUAAUAAGCAAUAGUCUCGCCUGGCUUAUCUAGAGCUCAAAAGAAGUAUCACUCGCCACUGCCGUGAUUCGAAGUCGAUAGGAUCCACACAGUCUUCCUUGGAAAGGCCUGACAACGCCGAACAUGCAGCAAGUAGCAUCUCUCGCCAUGCCGGCGAGGCCCCAGGAUGGAUCCCUGUUCGCUUCCGAUCGACUGUUCAAGAGCAGUUCUGGGCAGGGUACAGGCGAAUCGAGCAAACCGUUGAAGAGACAGGGCAAGGGGAAAUCGUGCAUGGGGUGUUACCAAGCGAAACAGCGUUGUCGAGGAUAUCCCUGUAGUCGUUGUAGCGAAAAGGGCAUACAGUGCGUUCCGCAGAGCACUGCGGCGAUCGCUUCUUAUAAGCGACAAAAGGACAGUGAGCUUGUGGUCAGGAAACAUUCUUCUUCUUCAGGUGAGAAGGAGAAGAAGCCGGUACCAUCGGCCUCGAAUUAUGGAGGAUGGAGACCUGAUCCGAAUAUCAAGUUCUCCGAACCGAUCUUACCGCCACCAGAAGCAUUCGGGGAUCUCGGGCCUUAUCCUCCUCCUAUGCCGCAGACUCAGGAUGCUUCGAUUUCCGUGUCGAUCUUUGGUUCUCAGCCGAUCGAGAGGUUUCCCUUGCCGCCCGCACCGCCUUUAGGCUUUCAGUUUGGGAAUACCCACACCACUUCGAGCCCGAGCACGGGAUCUUCGCACCUGGAGGACAAGCCGGUCGUGUUCGGUCCGAUGGGGGCUUAUGGGGACAUGAACGGACACAACAACGGAUUUGCGGUCCCCGUCUCGAUUCAGGGAAGCACCAUGGGCUUGCCGAGCACCACAACCCAUAUCCCUCGGAUAGACAAUGUCGAGAUGAAACCAGUCUCUAAGGUUCAUUCGGCUGCGCUGGAACGGGAUGCAGCGGACACACUGGUCCCAAUCAUCAAUGACUACGAGCCGUUCUGCAAUACAUUGGCACGCCAUCGAGCACAAGCAAGAUCGGGCACCGACUCUGACCGCUCGUCUGCGUCGAUGAGCAUGGGACAGUACAUGUACAACUUGCCUUAUGACGCGGGUAACCCAAGACCAGACUUGCACUCGCUCGUAUUUAACGUCAAGUUCAGGGAAGAAAUGAAAGCAACCUUUUUGGCCAAGAGUCCGCAAUUCAUGUUGAGACGAAUGUCGACAGGGACAUUUGACGCUAUCACCAGGACCGAAGCGGGUGCCUGGUCUGCUGCCGUCGCCAUGAUUGCGUACCCGUGGAAUCCGCUCUGGGCGAAGUUACACACGAGCCAGGAAAGGCAACAGCUUUUCAAACUGUUGGAACGUGAAGCGCUUUCGCAUUAUCAUUCGAUCAAGACUCGGCCAAAGACGUGGCUUGAGGCGCUUGCAGCGGGAUCAUUGAUUGUCACGGCGUUAUUCGAGAUCGGGAAGUAUACCAAGGCUUGGUUCUUGGCAUCCGAGCUUUAUCUACAUGCCGUUCAAUUUGGCCUUCAUCGAAAAGGCGCCGGUUCCGUCCCAAAGGGCGCGAUCGGGAAGGCGAUCUUUAUCGGUCCAAGAGAUUCUCGAACCGGACCUCUUAGGCCGGAAGACGGUUUCUUGUCGCUGGGCGACGACAUUUGGUGGAACCUCGUCCGGCUUACUGUUUCAGCAACCGUUGGUUUGGAUAAUACCGAUAACCCGGUAAACCUAGAAAAGAUUUGGACACCUUGGCCGACUGCGAUAGGCACCCUUCUUCCGCCUCCCUGCAAAUUUUACGAUUCGGCGCGAAUGGCGGUGCCCUUGAACUUGCCCAAAGAGGAUUACGAAAGCCAGACAACACGUUUGAAAGUGCAGCUGGUCAUCGUGUUCUCUGAGGUCGUCUCCUUGACGCACACGCCAUCUACUCAAUCUCCACCUUCCUCCCCUCUUCCAAACGUUCCACUCACGCAACAGGGAGAUCCGGAAAAGCACUUCAAACUGCAAGAAUGCCAUGCGACGAUCCAGGCCGAGGUCAAGUCGGCCUUUGACCCGUUGGUCAGAUCAGGAAGUAGGGAUCCCAUGUUGUAUGACUUGUGGCUCGUGCUCGGCAUCUCCGAGAUCUACCUGUUCCUGGCUGAAGACUGUGAUCAUCGAAACGACCGGAUCGUCAACGCCUGUCUCAGUUUAGCUGGCAUGUUAUCGAGCUUGUGUUCCUCUCAUAACGGGUUGUUAUCAGAGUUGGACGCGUUGACGAUAUCGACACUGCAUGCGGUGCGGACGGCUUGCAGGCAGGAAACGAUGAGGUAUGAUCGGGUUGGUGUGCCCAAAGACGCUUUGUACGAUUUGCUGGUCAUCGAGGCGAGUCAUGUGGAUCAGAUCAUGUCUCAGCUGGCGACUACAUCUCCAAUGGCAGCCAACACCUUUGCCUGGUAUCAAUCCAGCGGGAUCUCGCACUUUGCAAGUGACGCCGCUUCGUACCAGCCCGAAUGGAAUGCGAACGACGGAGCGGUGUUGGAAGAGGUCGCGCCUGAAGUGCCCAUGGGGCCUGAGAGUAAGAUGUACUUUUAGCCUUCUCUAGAUUGUGAGUUUGUCUUUGUGAGGGAUGUUAUAUGGACAAUUUGUAGAACGCAAUAUGAAACGCAUGAUACCCAGG